GGUUAAGUUCCGCGGUACCGGGAUCAUGUGAAACCGGCGGUUUUAGUGUUUCGGUACCGACUUGAGUCGAAUCCGCCAAUUUGUGGUUCUACGUCACCGACUUUAGCUUGCGAAGUGUUUCUAUGUCCUUCCCCAGAUCGAGGUAUCGAUUUCGAAGAGAAGCGAAACAGCUCUUCACCCCGUUGAAUGCUCUCCUCUCCCACGCUCUCCAAGCUCCUCCCAUGGCUAACCCCCUCCUCUCUCAAGCAAUCCACACAACUGCACGCGCUAAUGGUGGUCUCGGGCUCUCUCCUCUCCCCUCCCGCAACAACCCAUCUCUUCAAAUCCAUCGUCGACUCCCUACAACCACCCAAUCUUUCCUACGCCCUACAAUUAUUCGCCCAAAUCCCCUCCCCUUGCACCUUUCUAUGGAACACCGUCAUUCGCGCGUGCUCUCGCAAUGGCGCUCCCAGAGAAUCCAUUCGCUUGUACGACCAAAUGCAUCGAAGAGGUAUAGCCCCUGAUUCGUAUACGUUUCAAUUCUUAUUCAAAUCGUGCGGUGUCUCUUCGUCGGCUUUUGAAGGGCGUAUGGUGCACGGUUUGUUCGUUAAGCUGUUUCCGGAGUCCGAUGCUUAUGCGGUGAGCUCUUUGAUCCACAUGUAUAUGGAAUUGGGGCGGGUUGGUGAUGCGAGAAGAGCUUUUCAGAGGAUUAGUAGAAGAGAUGUGGUCUCGUGGACGACGAUGAUCAGUGGAAUGGCCAAAUUGGGGUUUUUGAACGAUGCCCGCAAGUUGUUCGAUGAAACUCCAGUGAGAAAUGUGGUUUCGUGGACCAGCUUGAUUGCGGGCUAUGCUCAGGCCGAUAGGGCUGAAGAAGCUAUUGAGCUUUUUACGAAGAUGUUGUCUGAUAAUGUAAAAGCAGAUACUGUUACAGUCGUCGUGGUGCUAUCGGCGUGUGCUCAGUUGAAGGAUUUAGAAUUAGGAAAAUGGAUUCACUCUUUUAUCCAAAAGGAAGGUAUCAUUAUCAAUAACAAUCUUGUAGUCGCUCUUAUCGACAUGUACUCAAAAUGUGGGGAUGUCAACUGUGCUCAAGAAUGCUUUGAUUCAAUGGGCCGCAAGGUUCUUCAGGCUUGGAAUGCCAUGAUUGAUGGAUACUGCAAAAUCGGUGACAUAGAUAGAGCUCGAUCUCUCUUUGAUCAAAUGGGCGUUUGCGAUGUCAUCUCAUUCAACUCGAUGAUCACUGGGUAUAUUCAUACUGGUAGGCUUAAGGAUGCGCUGCUCUUGUUCGCUAAGCUGCGCGAAUCUGGUUUACGGCCUGAUAAUUUCACGAUAGUAGGCUUGCUCACCGCUUGUGCAAGCUUGGGUGCAUUAGAUCAAGGCAAGGCUUUACAUGCUUGCAUUGAGGAGAAGUUAGUGCAGUGGGAUGUUUAUCUUGGCACCGCAUUGGUAGACAUGUAUAUGAAGUGCGGGAACACAGAACAAGCAAUGCUUGUUUUUCAAAGGAUGGAGGAAAGGGAUGUGCGAACUUGGGGUGCGACCAUUGCAGGCCUCGCACUGAAUGGAAUGGGAAAACUUGCAUUGGAGUAUUUUGAUUUGAUGAAGAAAGAGGGGAUCAGACCCAAUUCGGUUGCCUACCUUAGUGUUUUGACUGCGUGCAGCCAUUCUGGCUUAUUAAAGGAGGGUCGGUCGUAUUUUGAAGAGAUGAGAUCUUUGUAUAAAUUGGAGCCUGAGAUCGAGCAUUAUGGGUGUAUAAUAGACUUACUCGGUCGCAGUGGGCAUUUGAAAGAGGCAAUUGGUCUAAUAGAAACCAUGCCGGUAGAACCUAAUGCGGUAAUAUGGGCCUCCAUGUUAAGUGCCUGUAGAGUGUACAAGGAUAUGGAACUAGCUGAGAAGGCUGCAGAAAACCUCCUUAAGCUGGAGCCUAAUGAAGAUGCGGUAUAUGUACAGUUGUAUAAUAUAUAUGUAGAUUCGAGAAGGUGGGCUGAUGCUUCUAAGAUACGGAAAUUAAUGGAAGAGAGAGGUGUGAGAAAAACUGCAGGUUAUAGUUCCAUUACAGUGGCAGGCCAAGUACAUAAAUUUGUUGCUGGCGAUCAAUCACACCUACAAAUUACCGAAGUUCAAAAGAUGUUGAAUGAGAUUGCUAAGAGAUUGAAGCUAGCGGGAUACUUGCCGAUAAUUCAACAAAUCUCAGUGGAUUUAGAUGACGAGGAAAAGGAGCAGGCAUUGUUUGCUCACAGUGAGAAGAUGGCUAUUGCUUACGGGCUCAUCAGCUUACCGCCUAAUUUGCCUAUUCACGUCAUCAAGAACUUGAGGGUAUGCGAAGAUUGCCACUCCGCAAUCAAGUUGAUAUCCAAAAUUUGGAACCGGGAGAUUGUGGUCAGAGAUCGGAGUCGGUUCCACCAUUUUCGAGACGGGCGCUGUUCUUGUAAUGAUUUUUGGUAGCUUAGACACGCAAAAUGCUAAUCCUUGGAUGGAAAUUUUUCCCCCCUUUUGAUCCAUGUAACCCUAUUGAGUUCAUUUAGAAACUUCUCUGUAAUAUUUGUUUCAAAAUUAUAUAUGGAAGCUAAUUUAAAGUGCUUCUUUGUAUUGAUCUUGAUAGCAUUUGAUAUGGUGCAAUAAACAUGCUUCUUUGUAUUGA